AUGGGAAACCAGAGCCGUCCCAGUCCAGCUUCGCACACACCCUCCCUCUCCUACGGGCUGCGAUCUCCUCUGAUCUGGCCGCAGGACCGCAGAGGACAGAUGGGCGAGCAACUCCACCAAGCAGUCGUCAUCAGGGAGAAGACGGAACAGGAGUUAGAAGAGGAGAAGACAAAGUGUGCGGAUAUCAGAUUCAAGUACCAGCAACAACAGAAGGCGCUGCACAGGAGUGUCUGCUCUCUGCGCGCCGUCAGCAGGGACCUGACAGAUGUACGGGGUUUCCUGCGCACGCUGUCAGAGACUUGGCUUGCGCUCAGCUGUCAACUCCAGCAGCAGUUUGCUCAGGUGUUAACAGGCGUACGGCGCGAUUUGGCACAUUCCACAGACGAGCUCCAGAAAGCCACGUCGGAGCAGGAGCGGCUGACCCUACGGCUGAUAAAACAGAUGAAUCAAAGUGAGGAGCAGUUGGCUCGACAGAAGAUCUCUGAGACGGACUACAAAGCCACGAUCCACAGGGUGAAAAGUGAACUGGAGAGGACACAUGAGGAGUGGUUGUCAAGCCAACGGAGAUGUGAGACUUUGGAGGAGCAGCUGUCCACAUGGCAACAGAGACUAGAACAAAGUCGUGAGAAGUACCACACGGCUGAAGAGGACCUGACCCGACUGCAGGCAGCUCUGGAGCGCUCCGAGCGGGAAGUCCAAGAGGUGCGCAGAGACAGGUCAGAGUUACUGUAUGUCCGCCAUGCCUGA